GGCGCUGUGGGACUAUAAAAGCUGGACGAAGGCGACGGCAGGUAUUCGCGCCUCAGUUUGGAGCGGAAAGUUUCAGCUGUGACGGAGUUCUUGACUGACGGCCGGAGUGACAGACGCGGGAGACGUUUCUGCCAGCGGAGCUGCUUCUGAGAAAAAUCGUCUUCGCGUUGCUGGAACCAUGUCGGCCAAAGCGCCUGCCAUAGGCAUCGACUUGGGCACAACUUAUUCCUGCGUCGGAGUUUUCCAGCACGGGAAGGUGGAGAUCAUCGCCAAUGACCAAGGCAACCGUACCACGCCUAGCUAUGUGGCCUUCACUGACACUGAACGUCUCAUCGGGGAUGCAGCCAAGAACCAGGUGGCGAUGAACCCGAAUAAUACCAUCUUCGACGCCAAGCGUCUCAUUGGCCGCAAGUUUGAUGAUGCCACCGUGCAGUCAGAUAUGAAGCACUGGCCUUUCCGUGUGGUGAGUGAAGGUGGGAAGCCCAAGGUGCAAGUGGACUACAAGGGUGAAGUGAAGACCUUCUUCCCUGAGGAGAUCUCGUCCAUGGUGCUGACCAAGAUGAAAGAAAUCGCCGAGGCUUACCUGGGCCGCAAAGUACAGAGUGCUGUCAUCACGGUCCCUGCCUACUUCAAUGACUCUCAGCGCCAAGCCACCAAGGAUGCAGGCACCAUCACCGGCCUCAACGUGCUGCGCAUCAUUAAUGAGCCCACAGCGGCUGCCAUUGCUUAUGGCUUGGAUAAAAAAGGCAGUGGGGCUGGUGAGAAGAAUGUGCUGAUCUUUGACCUGGGUGGUGGCACCUUUGACGUAUCCAUCUUGACUAUCGAAGAUGGCAUCUUUGAGGUGAAAUCUACAGCAGGUGACACUCACCUGGGUGGUGAGGACUUUGACAACCGCAUGGUGAGCCACUUUGUGGAAGAAUUCAAGCGCAAGCACAAGCGUGACAUUGCUGGCAACAAGCGGGCAGUCCGAAGGCUCCGCACGGCCUGUGAGAGAGCCAAACGCACCCUGAGCUCUUCCACCCAGGCUUCUAUUGAGAUUGACUCCCUGUUUGAUGGCAUUGACUUUUACACAUCCAUCACACGUGCUCGCUUUGAGGAACUCAAUGCUGACCUUUUCCGUGGCACCCUUGAGCCUGUGGAGAAGGCCCUGCGGGAUGCAAAGUUAGACAAAGGACAAAUCAAUGAGAUUGUGUUAGUUGGUGGCUCCACCCGUAUCCCCAAGAUCCAGAAGCUUCUGCAAGACUUCUUUAAUGGCAAGGAGCUCAAUAAGAGCAUCAAUCCUGAUGAAGCUGUGGCCUAUGGUGCUGCCGUUCAGGCUGCUAUUCUGAUGGGCGACAAGUCAGAAAAUGUGCAGGACCUGCUGCUCCUUGAUGUUGCUCCUUUGUCACUGGGUAUUGAGACAGCUGGUGGUGUGAUGACUGCCUUGAUCAAGCGCAACACGACCAUUCCUACCAAGCAAACACAGACCUUCACUACCUAUUCAGACAACCAGAGCAGUGUGCUUGUGCAAGUAUAUGAGGGUGAGCGGGCCAUGACCAAGGACAAUAACCUGCUGGGCAAGUUUGAUCUGACAGGUAUCCCACCAGCCCCCCGUGGUGUGCCCCAGAUUGAAGUCACAUUUGAUAUUGAUGCAAAUGGCAUCCUCAAUGUCACAGCAGUGGACAAGAGCACAGGCAAAGAGAACAAGAUUACAAUUACCAAUGACAAGGGUCGCCUUAGCAAGGAUGACAUUGACCGCAUGGUGCAGGAAGCAGAGCAUUACAAAGCUGAAGAUGAGGCCAACCGGGAACGGGUGGUUAGCAAGAAUUCCCUCGAGUCCUAUGCAUACAACAUAAAGCAGACAGUGGAAGAUGAGAAGCUGAAAGGCAAGAUUGGAGAGCAAGACAAGCAGAGAAUUCUGGAGAAGUGCCAGGAGGUGAUCAGCUGGCUCGAUCGCAACCAGAUGGCUGAGAAGGAAGAGUUUGAGCACAAGCAGAAGGAACUGGAGAAACUUUGCAACCCCAUAGUUGCCAAAUUGUACCAGGGUGCUGGAGCUGCAGGUGCUGGUGCCCCAGGUGGUGGCCCCACCAUUGAAGAAGUGGACUAAGUUGCUCUGGACUGGACUGUAGGAGUAACUUCCACCUGCUCUUCUGCCUUUUCCAGUCAGUCAGUGCUUUGCUGGAGGGGUUUUCCUGUGGGGUGUGUGUGUGGGAGCAGAGCUUAACUUGUUCUCUGUUACUAAGAGAGGCACUGCCAGGUUAAAGUUUGUUGCAGAUAUUCUGAUACCCUUGUUAGUCAGUGGAUUUCUGUUUAUUAAGGUUCACUAUUUGAAGUACCCUCUUGAGCAUUACAAUUGAGAGAAAAAAACACAUUUCAAGGGCAUGGAAAAUAUUAUACAUGCAAAAAAGCCUUAAAAUUUUGCAACUUCUUGUCUGGUUAUUUUGAAAUUUUGGUAAUAAAAGUUAUUUGAAGCGUAACAA